AUGCUCCCAACGCUCGCUGGGGGUCUGUCUGUCCACAUCAUGCCCCUACGCACGCUGCCUGCAUGCCCCUAUGCUCGCCAUCGUGCAGGCACAUUGGUGGCUCUAGAACGGGCGGCCGAGUAUCGCGAGCGCCGCAGCGAUGGUUACCAGGAGCCCAAGCUGCUCUACCUGGUGGGCACCUCUCACGUGUCGUCCCGGUCGGCAGAAGAUGUGCGGCGCGUGGUGCAGGCGGUGCAGCCAGAUGCAGUGGUGGUUGAGCUGUGCCGAUCUCGUCAGGCAGUCAUGGACGAGCCGCGGCAGCAGGGGUCGCAGCAGGGGCAGGCCCAGGCGGCGCUGUCGCUGUCAAGCGCCGGCAGCAGCAUGAGCGAUGGCGAGGAGGAGCCUGCCGGCAGCAGCAGCGCCACCGCCGCCAGCAGAGGCAGCAACCCGCGAGCCUUGAGGGAGGGCAGCCUGCUGCCCGCUUUCAAACGGAGCAUGGGGCUGGGCGGCAGCAGCGCCCUGCUGCUGCGCCUGGUGCUGGGCCGCGUAUCUGCGCGCCUGUCGGGCAGGCUGGGCGUGCGGGGCGGGGCGGAUUUUGUGAUGGCGCGGGAGGGGGCCAAGGCACUCAGUGCGCAGCUUGUCUUGGGAGACCGGCCGAUUGAGAUCACGUUGCAGCGGGCCUGGGACGCGCUGAGUUGGCAGCAGCGGGGCCGCCUGGCCCAGGAACUGGCAGGCGGCAUGUUGGCCGCACAGCAGCUGGAUGUGGCGGCUGUAGAGCGCCUGAAAGACGAUGAUGGCGUGAGCCUGCUGUUCCAGCAGCUGAGCGAGGCAUACCCCGAGCUGGUUGGUCCAUUGGUGCACGAGAGGGACCUGUACCUGGCUUGGUCGCUGAAGCGCAGCAAAGCAGUCAAUGGCGCCUGUGCGGUGGUGGGUGUGAUUGGCAAGGGACACCUGCGCGGCGUGUGCUACGCCUUGACACACGAUGAAGCGGGGGCAAACCUGCGCUUCCAGGAUUUGGUUGGCGGCAAGAACGUGAAAGCAAAUCGGCGGCGCCAGCGGGCAGCAGCAGUGGGGCGCUUUGCCCUGGACACAGCACUCUUUGGCGUGGUGUGGUUAUGCAACUCAUGCCACUGCAAGGCGUACAGGCGGCGACGCAAGCUGUCCGGGCUGCCUAGUGGUGGGGAGAGCAGCGGCGCCGAGGCUGCCAUGCCAGCAGCGGGCUCGCAGCAGCAGCGACUGAUUGAGCUGCAGCAGCGGGUGUUUGACGAGGUGUGCAGCACUCCAGCCGACAGAAUGGUGGCACUGCACUGCGCACUGCGAGCGCAGCAGGCCACGCCCAGCUUAGGCCAAAGGGCGGUGCUGGGCGUGCUGCCCCGCAUCAUGCUGCAACUCCCUGACGACCCCUCUGGCAUUCUUCACAGCGUGUCGUGCCUGGCUGAGGCGGUGAUGCUUGGCAACCAGGAAGAGCAGGCAGCAGAUUCGGAGGAUUGCACCGGGCAGCAUGCACACACGUCGGCUAGCAAGCCAGCGCCAGUUGCGGUGCGGCUGACACUCUAUGCAUCCGCCAUCCACCAGCAUGUUGCGGAACUGGGGUCGCGGGUGCUGCAGCCGCCGCCGCUGUCAUUGGACGUCGGCGGGUUGCCCAGCGACGCAGGCUUCUCUUUUCUUGAGCUGUGAACCUGCCACCGCCUCUUGGCGCCUCGCAUUUGCCACCUCCUGUACGUUGUGUGCCUGCAAGCUUGUACCCUCCCACACUCUUUGUUUCCUUUUCUGGAAGUCUUCUUAGCGGCCGUCUUUGGGUCACCCCCCAUCUGUUCUUCAGCCAUGCUGCUUCUUUCAAUAAGCGUGCGCAGAAAUAGAAGCUUACUGGCUGCCGCCCUGGCCUGCGCUUCUUUUACCCUCGUCUGCCCGAGCCAUCCUUGGCAGACGCCACCUGCUCAGAGCAUGAAGAACAUCCUUUUUGUUGGAUCAUCUGAGGGCUCCUUAUGCCUCAAUUGCAAUUGCACACUCCAGUACCUGCUCGCUACAGCUUUCAGAUUCUUGCCCUGCUUUACCCCCUUUUCCUCCAUCAUUUGUGUUCCUCUUUUGCAGGACCUGUGCCAAUCGUGCCGAACGCUCGUGCCGAACGCUUCCCCUGCGCAUUUGCACCCACAGCCUGCUCAAGGCACUUUACAACCGUCUCUCCACCAUGUGCACCCACGCCGAUUUAUUUGUUAGGCACAAACCAUUCAUUACUCGUUUACACCACCGCGGGAGGCAAACACACCUCCGCCGUCUGCAACAGCUCCGAAC